AUACAUAUUGUCAUCAUUUCAUUUCGUUUAAACUUGAAUUUAAAACUUAAGAAUUUAAUUUAUGCAAUUGGUUCGGUGGAGCAAAGAAUUGUUUACCACAAACAAAAACACUUUCAAUAAAAUUCAUUUAAUUCAACUGAAAAUGAAUCCAAGAAUAAUUAUAAUAAGCAUUUUGCUGUUUGCAAUAAUCGCACCGAUUUUCGGGCAAAUUUUCUAUCCAAAAUAUAAAACUAACAAGAAAUAUCACCUCAUGAUAUUGAAAACUGUCAAUUGGUUCACCGCAUACUCUCAUUGCCGUUCCCUUGACAUGAGUUUGGUUAGCAUUACAUCAAAGGAAGAAAACAACCGAAUUAUACAGCAAAUUGAAGAUGAAGGUCGUGAAAAUAGUGAUUUUUGGACAUCUGGAACCAAAUUAAGCGACAAUGUUACGUGUGAAUGGAUGAGCACCGGUAAAAGAUUCACUUUUACUAAUUGGAUACCUGGUGAACCAAGCGAUUAUGAGAUGGAGCAUUGCAUACACAUAGUGGGCAAAAACACAAUAAUGAUGUAUCAAAUGGGAAUUCAAAAUCUUCACAAAUGGAAUGAUGCUCCUUGUAGUAUUGAGAAGCAUUUUAUCUGUGAACAACAAUUAAUUGAAUAUGAAUAUUGUACGAAUUAAAUUUAAGAAUUAUAGAAAAUAAUGUGGUUGUCAUCGUCGUACUUUGUUUGAAAGAAAGAAACAUUUAAAUUGAUAAAUAAAUAUCAUAUUUGGCAUUUGUAUGACAUGGAAUAUAUAAAUAAAGUUUUAGUGGUUUCAAUAGAUGAGUUCUAGCAAA